AUGCACGUUCUCAUCAUCGGUGCAGGCCCUGGUGGGCUCACCGUGGCUCAAUGUCUUCGGAAGCAAGGAAUUUCUUUCGAAAUAUUUGAUCGCGACGAAAGCGAGAAUGCGCGGUUUCAAGGCUGGGCUAUUGGAUUACACACGAUCAUCGACGAUAUCGUCUCAUCUUUCUCAAAUGAUAUGCCUGAUUUGAAACGGUCGACGAACCAUCUCGCGCCCUUGACUCUUCCAGCUCAAGUUGCAGUGCAUUUUGCUGGCACGAAUGGUCGUAUUGGAUUCGAGGACUGCCCCGAAAAGCCUUUCAUCCGUGCAGAACGUUAUCGACUCCGACAGUGGUUAUCAACCAAUGUUCAAAUUCAAUGGGGAAAGCGCGCUCGGCGAUUUGAAGAUGAUGAUGAGGAAGUCACGGUGCACUUCGAAGAUGGUACAACCGCAAAGGGUGAUAUAUUGGUGGGGGCAGAUGGCACUAAAAGUCACGGUGAGAUUUACCUCAGGAAAACCCAUGACAAGGACGAAGAAAACCAAGCCACGAAACUUCGAUUACUGACCUUGAACUUGUAG